CCGCACCGGGAGCAUGGCCAUGCGCGGCCCCGGCUGCGCGUGCUGCCCGCUGCUGCUGCUGCUGCUGCUCCGGGCCGGGCAGCCGCGGGGCGCCGAGCUCACCUUCGAGCUGCCCGACAGCGCCCGGCAGUGCUUCCACGAGGACGUGGAGCAGGGCGCCACCUUCUCCCUGGACUACCAAGUCAUCACCGGAGGCCACUAUGACGUGGACUGCUACGUGGAGGACCCCCAGGGAACGUCAUCUACCCGGGAGACCAAGAAGCAGUACGACAGCUUCACGCACCGGGCGGAGGUCAAGGGCGUCUACCUGUUCUGCUUCAGCAACGAGUUCUCCACCUUCUCGCACAAGACGGUGUACUUCGACCUGCAGGUGGGCGAGGAGCCCCCCAUCCUGCCGGACAUGGGGAACAGGGUCACCGCCCUCACCCAGAUGGAGUCCGCCUGCGUGACCAUCCGAGAAGCCCUGAAGACGGUGAUCGACUCCCAGACACACUACCGGCUGCGGGAGGCGCAGGACCGGGCCCGGGCGGAAGACCUCAACAGCCGGGUCUCCUACUGGUCCGUGGGCGAGACGGUCGUGCUGUUCCUGGCCAGCCUCGGCCAGGUGCUGCUGCUGAAAAGCUUCUUCACGGAGAAGCGGCCCGGCAGCCGGGCCGUGCACUCCUAGCCCGGCGCCCACCCAGGCCCCGCACGCCCCGGGCGGCGGCUCUCCUGGGUGAAGGGCUGGGGGCCGGGAGCUGGGAGAGGGGCGAAGGGUCCUGCCCUCCGUGUGGACGCCGGGUCAUGGCAGCCGAAGGUCGCAGAGCCCGGUCGUUUGGACGGCGUUACGUGUGCGUGCGACACUGAGACGUGUUCAUGGCUGGCAGGGGGGUGGCCGCUGCGGGAGGGGGGCAGGCAGGGAGCUGGCGGCCUGGUUGGCAGGAGGGCGCUUGAGGGCCCAGGCCCCCAGGGCAGCUCCGGGACCGGCCUCUGCUCCCCGACGCCUGGGCCGCUGGGCUCGUGCAUCCCGGCCGGUGUGCGGGGCUCUCCAUUCUAGCCUGUCCUGCCGGAGGGGCUCCGUGUACCUGGGGAAGCCAGACCUCCCAACGUGGCUUUGCAGGUCUCCCCGCCCCAGGUGAGCGGCGGUGUCAGCAGUGCACACAGGGCCAGGGCCGUGACGGGCACCUUCGUUAGCUGUGGGUUUCCCGGGUGGCAAAUAAAAACUAGGUUCACGUGAGCA